UUUGUAAACUUCAAUAGAUGGUAUUUAUUGAACCGUUUUCACAUCUCGUAUAAUGCCGCAUUUGCGUUGAUAAUUUUGGAAUUAUUACUCAAGAUGUCUCAGCCAAUACCAAUUAUUUUUGUAGGGAGUUCCAGAUAUUGCAUUGGGCAUCAUUGUAGAAAUGAAGCCUGAGAUUGAAGUUAUACAGCACUUUGCAGAGCCAUCAAUGGCGACAAAUCAAAUUCCGGCAAUCCUCAGAAAAGACGCCAAAAUUGAAUCUGAUACUUUUAUGGGCACUGGAGAUUACACACGUCCACCUAUUGCGAUCUUAGUGGGAUCAUGGUAUAAUGACGAGAUGAUAAAAGAUUUCCAGAGCUCAACCUCAGAUUUCCCAUCACUUCUCUGGCUGCGCGUUGAUAAAGCCAUAUCAUCUCCUCCCCUAGGGCCUCAAUACUCCAUAGUCGUCGGGAGAAGGAUAAAGGCCAAGCUUUUGGAGCUUUUAACAAUUGGACCAGAGAGUCCAGAUUUUGUGCAUCUUGUUUAAGAAAGAUCUAGAUUAAUAUAUAUAUACAUAUAUAUAAAAUUGUGAUUUGAACUGUAAUGCAUGUAGCUGCCAAGCACUUUGUCGCAAUGCCG